GACAUACAUGCUUUAUAAUCUUCAAUAAUAGCAUUUAAUGAUAAUGAUGUUUUUUUAUUAUAUGACUUUAAUAAAGUAAAAGGCUAUAAAGCAACAGAGAUUUAAUUAUUAAGACAAGAAGGAAGGUACUAAAAUGGCUACUAAUGUCAGUAGAUCACUUACACAAGACUCUGAUGAAAUUAAAGAAAUGUAUUGUGAGGAAUGUGACAGACAUGGUGAUGGUUAUGCUACAGCUGUAGCUUUCUGUGUAGAUUGUUUGGAUUAUUUAUGUGUGACCUGUCAAAGAUAUCAUAAGAGACAAUUUAAAACUCACAAACUCCAAGACAGUAACAGUAUGCCACAGGAUUUUUAUUUUGAGAAAUGUUCCACUCACCCUGGACAACUGAUCAAGUUGUACUGCUCUGAAUGUAUUAAAGAAGCAUGCCAAGAAUGCAAGGAUAAUGAGCAUGUCAACUGUAGUGAUGUUAACCAUUUACCAACGCUUGCUUCAGACAUACAAAAGAGUGAUGAGCUUAUAAAUCUAAGAAAAAUCAUGGAUCAAGUGUCAAUGAAUAUAAAAGACACAGAAAAGCUGUUGGAUGCAAAACGCGAAGUGAUUAUGAAACAAGAGGAAAAUGCAACUGAAACAUGUAAAGAGCAUAGCAACAAACUGAUAGCAACUUAUAAGCAACAUCAUCAAGAGCUUAUUGAUGAUUUUGAUAAGAAAAUGGAAGAGACUGUUGCCAGGUUGAAGAAAGAAAGGUCAGAACUAAUUCAAAAGAUAUCUGAAAAGGAAAGAAAGUUUGAAGAAAAAGUAACAAAAGCUGAAAAAGAUAUAAAAGAAGAAGUUGUUAACACAAACAUAAACUUUAAAGAACUACAGUUGGAAUAUUUGAACUUGGUUGGAAAUUUGAAGGCUAUCAAUGGUGACCUAGAACAGGCUCAGAAACUAGGUCAAAACUGUAAACUAUUUAUAAAACUGAAAUUAGCGAAACAAAUGUGUAACCAAAUUCAAGCUACCACUUACCAAAUUCAACAUUCCUACAUACAACGCUACAAUCUUAGGAAAUCUGACAUUCAACAAACGAAACAAUCAGUAGAGGACCAAACAACAUUAAACUCUCUAGAUGAUCAAACAUGGUUUUUCUCAUUUGAUGAAGUCCAUGUAUCAGCUGUAGAAAGAAAACUUGCUUUUAAUUUUGAUAUCAAUCACAAGUUUAAAAAAAUAACUUCUUUGCUAUCUGAACAUACACUUCUCGCGCUAGAUUAUGAUAGGUGUAGUCUAAUCAUAAUACCACUUGGAAAGUCAAAUGCAGAAUAUAUCAAAGAAAUAAAACUUAACAGCAAACCAUGGGGAGUAACAAAAGUGUCAGAUUAUAAAAUUGCUGUAACAUUCCCAAAUGAAGGAAAGAUCAGACAAAUAACAUUCUCAGAUGAUAUGGAAGUUUUAGAUACCACUGACAUACCAGGACAUGGUCGUUGUUUUGAUAUUGCUUACAGUAAUAACCAUUUUGUUGUUUCAUAUUUCAACGGGUUUACAGGUUGUAUUAAGAUUUUAAGUAUAUCAGGUAUAAAAGUGAAAUUAUUUGCUUUAGAUGACAAUGGCUGGGAUCUGUUUAUCAAGCCUUAUUACUUGAUUGUUAGUCCUGACAAUACUAUGAUAUAUGUUUCUGAUAUGAGAAGACACACUGUGACCUGUCUGACUUUUGAUGGGGAGGUGGCAGCCAUUUACAUAGAUGAUCAAUUGAAAGCUCCUCAUCAACUUGCUGUUGAUGAAUAUGGAUCAGUUUAUGUGUGUGGUUAUGACUCAAACAAUGUCCAUCAAUUAUCACAUUAUCUCACCAAAGUGAAAAUACUAGAUAAAAGUCAUGGCAUAGAUACACCAACAAGUAUUGCAUACUGCCAGAAUACGAAGAAAUUAUUUGUUGGAAUGAAUCAAAGUAGUAAAAUAAAGGUUUUUAAUGUGUCACUUGACUAAAAUGAUACAUCACUUUAACAGUCUCAUUAACAUCAAUUUCUCUCACUGCUAUAUAUUCUUAAAUGACAUUACAUAUUCUUACCGUAAAAACAUUCAUGAUAAAUGCUUUGAACCACUGCCAGAAAAGUGUGAUUAGUAUAAGUGUGGGCGAGAAAAUUUCCAUCAGUAAUCAAGCGACCUCGCCAAAGUGAUAGUCUUCAUAGUUAUAAAAGUCAUGCAAAUUAUUAUUUUACAAGAACUGCAUAGUUGCAGAAUAACAAGAUAUUGUGGAAACGUGUGACAGUAUAAAAGUCCAACGUAUCACAAGGAUGAAAUUUUUAGCUCUUACACAAAGAUUUCGGACCAGUCAUUCAUUUCAAAGACUCCUUUUAGGGAGGUAACAUAGGUUCCUUAUAACAAUAACAACUUAACACUUUACAUAAAUAUGGCACAUUGGAAUCUUAAAAAUAAUAAGUCCUUAAACCUGUUUUAUUAUGUU